UGAUCGGUCGGUAUACCUAUCCGCUCACAGGGUUGGCCUGAAGCUUUUUCGAAACCCUAAUCUCCCUAGAAAUAUGCAUUUCUUUGGGCCCUGGCUCGGCCUAACCACGUGUUAUUUCGGGCUUGCUUGUUGCCAUCGCACCUUUAACGAGCAAGCUAUCCUAUCUCGGUCCAAGAGUGGUUUUGAAGAAAGUCGUCUGGUUCCUGAUCUGCUUCCGGCGUUUAACCCUCAAGGAAUCCUAGCAAUCCACUUUGCCGGGGAUAAAAUUCUUCGACAUCCUGGGUUCAGCAUGUCAGCACAAGACACACAGGCUGGCCCAACUUUUCAGCUAUACCCUGGCUACACCGGCCAGCUGAAUCCAGCAGAUACGUUUACAAUGAUCAUGGUAGACCCGGAUUCGCCCAUCCAUGCCAACCCUUCCGGGGCCAAGUUGCACCUUCUUGCCACCGGUUUAGCUCUCGACCGACAUCAUCAGCCUGUCGAAACCUACAAUCUCGUCAACAACACCCAAUUUUUGGUAGAUUGGCUUUCACCAGACCCGGAACCCCGCACGGGGGUCCAUAGGUACACCUUCCUGUUGUACAAAGGUGCUGCCUCACAGGCAUCAGUCCAGCCAUUUCAGGCCUCGAUGUUUAAUCGAUCAGGAUUUAAUCUCGCUCAGUUCACUCGUGAUGCUGGACUUCAAGAUUCGUAUGCUGGUGCUUUCAUGAAUAUCGAUUCAGCAUCACCCGAAAACCUAAUACGACAAAUCCCAUUUACUGCAUACUUACCAAUGCAUACAUCUGCGUUUUAA